AUGUCGGAACAAGAGACGCAGAGACCUGGUAUGGGCGAGCAGGAGCCUUUGUUGGGAAGGCCUGGUGAUGCGUCGCUGCAAGAAGGACUUCCGCUAUACCACAACCUUGUCAUCGGUAUGGCUCGCUCCACGCUGCUUUUAUGCAAGCCAGCAAUACUCAUACAGACCUCACANGGCACUGGAGCGAUUGCCCAAGCUGGAUCCUGGAUUCUUGUAGCCAUCGUCUGGGGCGCAGUAUUCUCCAACCCCGUCAUUCUGUUCUCGGCGCAUCCUGGUGUCCUCAUCCUCCAGCCCACGCACACGCCGAAGCAAAAGAAGCACGGCACCUGGGCUCACGCAGGACUCAACGACCUCGCCCUCUCCUGCGGCAUUGCCGGACUCGUUGUGAUCGAGUACAACAAGAUUGCCCACAAUGGCACACACUUCGUUUCACCCCACGCAAUCUUGGGUCUGAUCACAUACAUCCUUAUCCUCAUCCAGGCUCUCGUUGGCUUCACGCAGUACUUCGUGCCGCAGAUCUAUGGCGGCGAGGAGAACGCGAAGAAGCUGUACAAGUACCACCGCGUGAGCGGCUAUAUCAUCUUCUUGAUGCUGCUUGCGACUGUGGCAGCUGCGACGCAGACGGACUACAACAAGAAUGUUCUCAAGAUCCAGCUGUGGGCUGUGCUUGUCGCAGCUGCCAUCACCUUGAUUGGAGUCUUGCCCAGGGUCAAGAAGCAAAAGUUCGGCUGGUUGGCCGGACAGUAA